AUGUGUCAACAGCAGGCGGCGUCCCCAUUUCGUUUCCCAGAGAAAUAUAAGAGUGAAUACACAGCACAGUUCCCUUCACCAAAAGACCGUCUCCUCCACCAAAAGACUGUCUCCUCCACCAAAAGACCGUUUCCUCCACCAAUAGACCGUCUCCUCCACCAAAAGACCGUCUCCUCCACCAAAAGACCGUCUCCUCCACCAAAAGACCGUCUCCUCCACCAAAAGACCGUCUCCUCCACCAAAAGACCGUUUCCUCCACCAAAAGACCGUCUCCUCCACCAAAAGACCGUUUCCUCCACCAAAAGACCGUCUCCUCCACCAAAAGACCGUCUCCUCCACCAAAAGACCGUCUCCUCCACCAAAAGACCGUCUCCUCCACCAAAAGACCGUUUCCUCCACCAAAAGACCGUCUCCUUCACCAAAAGACCGUUUCCUCCACCCAACACUAACCCUCCACCCUCGGAGACCACGAGACCAACGCGAUCCACGGUGGAGGGUGUUUUGGUGGAGGAGGCGGUGUUUUGCCGUCGAGAGACCUCCUUAAAGAGACAUCUUGGGGUGUUUGCUCUCCCAAUGUCUCUGCUGGAAGGAAGAACGUGUUCCUCCCUCUCAAGGGACACUUGGCAGGAGGAACGGUGUAGUUACAGGGAUAUGAGAAUAUUGAGACCAUACUCCCGUAGCCAGGGCGAGUCACCACGACCCACUGGCGUCCUCAGGGCAGGUCACAAGGCAGAUAGGAUCCCUGAGGACACUAAGUAA